AGUGCAUACACUGAAAGAGCACUAUCUCCCUGUGGUCAUAAAAAAAAGUUGAAAUUGAAGCCAAACAGGACGAUUAUUUUCAGUUUUCAGUUCCAGAUUUCUGGCUCCUUAAUUUGUUCAGAGCAUUAUAGAAUGAAAUAAACCAUACAAAUAAUUGAGAUUCACGGUGUUCAUUUCACCCACUUUUUUGAUGGGGAAUUAAAUAUUGUGCAGCUGUUACGUUGGAAGCCAGCCAUUCGAGUUGCAGGUCCCAUUCAUUUGCAUUUCAAAAACAAUUAAUCCGUUUGGAUUUGAAUAUCCCUGCUAGGGUCAAAAAAGCAAGGUCAGUCUUUUGACCAUAAGCUCUCUGCUUCAUCUCUCUCUCUUCGAGUUUUUAAAAGCAGUUGGCCCUUGAAACUUGGAGAAUGGCUUCUGUGACUUACUCACCAAGAUACCCACAUUCUGGUUUCUCUUCUUCCUCUAUGUUUUUUUGACUUUUUUCAAACCCUAUUUUGAGCUUUUGGGGUUUUGGUAUAUUCCUCUGUUAGCCAAAAAAAUGAGUGUUUCAAGGUUUGUGAAGUGUGUCACUGUCGGAGAUGGAGCUGUUGGGAAGACUUGUAUGCUCAUCUGUUACACCAGUAACAAGUUCCCCACUGAUUAUAUUCCCACAGUUUUCGACAACUUCAGUGCUAAUGUGGCUGUGGAUGGGAAUAUUGUCAACUUGGGAUUAUGGGACACUGCUGGUCAAGAAGAUUACAGCAGACUUAGGCCACUGAGUUAUAGGGGCGCUGAUGUUUUUGUUCUGGCAUUCUCGUUAAUCAGUCAGGCGAGUUAUGAGAAUGUUCUUAAGAAGUGGAUGCCGGAACUUAGACGGUUUGCGCCUAGUGUCCCUAUUGUUCUUGUUGGAACAAAGUUGGAUCUUCGCGACAAUGGAGCUUAUUUUGCGGAUCAAAUGAGAUCAAACACAAUAACAUAUUCUCAGGGAGAAGAGCUUAGGAAACAAAUUGGUGCUGCUGCAUAUAUUGAAUGUAGCUCCAAGACUCAACAGAAUGUCAAAGCUGUUUUUGACACUGCAAUCAAGGUUGUUCUUCAACCUCCAAGGAGAAUUGAGAUGACUAGGAAGAGAAGGAGCCGAAGGUCUGGUUGCUCAAUUGUAAGGUGCAUUGCGUGUGGUGGAUGUGCUGUUUAAACCAUGCUAGCUAUCAGGACUGAGUGCUGUAGAAUCUAUGUUUUGUGCCAAUCCUAUAGCUAGAUCUUAAUAUUACUAGUUUUACGUUAUUUUGUGCCGAGAAAUAGGCGUCUGCUCAAUGUGCAAGCUGACUGACCAAAGAAGUGAAGAUAGUUUUGUUCUUCUUUGUUGUGUUUACUGCAAAUGUUGUAUUUGAAAUGGUGUUUUGGUUGUUGCCAAUGGAAGCCGCAAACUCCUGCUGUUGUUUUAA